AUGGCAUAAAUACAGGAUAACACAGAUAUAAUUCAACCUACCUUCCUAAAACUUAAAGAAACCUUCAAUACUCACAAAACAAAGUGUCUUAAGUUUAGAAAGGCUUAACUCAAAAGUUUGUUAAGAGGUCUCGAAGAAAUGGAACAAGAAUUUCAUACUGCCAUAGAGAAGGAUUUGGGAGUGACAUUAUUUAGCAGUUAAAUUACUUCAACAAUCGUCACUAAGGCAGAUGUAGAAAAUCAAUUAACUCAUAUUGAUGAAUGGAGUAAAGAAGAAAAUGUAGAUACACCAUUUGUAAUUGGGCCUGGGUCAUCAAAAAUAAUUUAUGAACCUCUCGGAGUAGUUUUGGUAAUUGCUGCAUGGAAUUAUCCACUUUUCACAGGAAUACCUCCGAUGGCUGCUGCAAUUGCUGCAGGAAAUUGUGUUAUUCUUAAACCAUCAGAAAUUGCUCCACACUCUUCUCAAGCUAUGUACAAUUUAGUUACAAAAUAUCUUGAUCCAUCCUGCUAUGCUGUGAUAUAAGGAGGUGUAGAAGUCUCAAAAAAGAUUACCACACUUCCAUUAGAUUUAAUUAUAUUUACAGGAAGUCCAGAGAAAGGCAAACUAGUUGCAAAGGCUGCCAGUGAAAAUCUAGUGCCUUGCAUAUUGGAAUUAGGUGGUAAAUCACCAACCAUAGUGGAUAAAGAUUGUAAUUUGAAUGUUACAGCACAAAGAAUCAUUUAAGGUAGAUUCACAAAUGCAGGUUAAACUUGUGUUGCUUGUGAUUAUGUCUUUGUUCAUUAAACAAUUAAGGAUGCAUUCAUUAAUGAGAUGAAAACUGAACUUAAAAGAUUCUUUGGAGAAAACCCAUAAAAUUCCAAUGAUUAUUCAAAAAUAGUGACUGAGUUCCACACAUAAAGAUUAUAAGAACUCCUGAAAGACCAUUAAGGAUAAGUAGUUCUAGGAGGUUAAGUGAAUGUAAAUCAAAGAUAUGUUGAACCCACCAUCAUUUUAUAACCAAAAAUAGAUUCUAAACUAAUGACUGAAGAAAUCUUUGGCCCCAUUCUUCCUAUUCUCCUAUUUGAGAAUAUUGAUGAAGUCAUUCAAUUUAUCAAUGCAAGACCCAAACCAUUGGCUUUAUAUUAUUAUGGAAGCAACAGCAAAAAUAAAAAGCUAAUUGAAUAAUAAACUUCUUCUGGUGCUAUUGUACACAAUGAUUCGGUCUUCCAUCUUUUGAAUCCACAUUUACCUUUUGGAGGUGUUGGAAAUAGUGGUUAUGGUGCUUACCAUGGAAUUACUGGAUUCAAAGGUUGUAGUCAUGCAAAACCUGUAUUUGCUAAGUCAACUUUGAAUAUCUAUCCAUUUAAUAUUAGAUACCCUCCUUAUACCAAACAUAAGUUACAAACCCUGUCAUUAUUUUUCAAGUUUGCUGAGUUACCCUAAAGACAUGUUGUUAAUGCUACUCUUUUAGUUUCUUUUGUAGUAGCUCUCAAGUUGGCUUAAAAGAAAGGCUAUUUGAAGAAGUUAUUUGAAAUAUCGAAGCCCUAUGUUGAAAAGGUAUGGAAGUAAGUAAAUUUAUGA